AUGGAGGUGAUCACGUGGGACAGGGUGUUGUCAGAGGCGGAGAUGGUGGCCACCGUCGACUACUUGAAGUGGAAGCUGAGGGCAGGUGCCGUGCUCGAGGCUUCGGAACAUCUUGCUCAGGAGACCGAAAAGAACUUCGACUCCUGGGGUAAUCAACAUUUGAGCGAUGUUAGUCACCAAACUUUCGAAGUGGACUUGGCCAACGGCUACAAAGCAGACUUGACAGGGUGGACACAUACAAGAGACUACGCACGGGGCUUUCUCACAAACAAACACGGGGUAUCCACUGCAGUCGUGAAGGGGCUGACGCCAGCAGCGCAGUACCUCUACCAGAUCUACAUGGUUCACGAGAUAACCCACUGGGCAGGCGCAGCCAAGGUGUCUGUGAACCAUGGUGUGCAGGGAACGUGCAGUGCGGAUAGUUUCAACGAAGCCAAGUUCUCCGGGGUGGCAGUGGCUUCGCCUAGAGGUGAGAUCAACUUCGAGUUCGAGAAGGUCUCCGUGCAUCUCGACCUUUCCGGCAUCGCCAUUGCGAAAGUUAGCUCGCCAGCCAGUUUGCUUCAGGAGGCCUCCAUCGCGACGGGGCGUUUGGAAGGA